AUGCCGAAGAGCAAAGUUAAUGAAUCAUCGUCACCACCAAAAAUACAGCCAAUUAAAGUGGCCGCCAAAAAACCACGCAAAGUAUUUAAAUUCCGUUUUUUAAACGAAACGAAUCUGCACAAUGUGCGGCGAGAUCAGAUUUUCUACUACAUCCUGUCAUUACACAAAAAAAUUCGGUCAUUGCUAAGGAAAUGCAAGCGAUACCGGGAGAAAAUCAUCAAAUUAGAUCGAGUAUCUCGAAAGAACUCAACAACAUCGGAGAAAAACUCAUCUGAGAGAAAAACCGAAACAAAAGACACAGAAGCCACCGGCAAAGAGUCUGAAGCAACUAAUUUUAUAGCUGAGAUUAAAAAUGCGGCGCAUCAAGCGCAAAAUGAGACUGGAUUUAUCUAUGAACCAACAUCAGGCCUUUACUAUGACUCAAGAACGGGAUACUACUAUAAUGCGGAGCAUGGCCUUUAUUAUGAUGGGAACAAUGGAUGUUAUUAUUCGUAUAACCAAGCCGAGAAUAAAUUUGAAUUUCAUUCACAAGUUUAUUCCAGCGAGGAUAUGGCAGCGGCAAAAGACGAGAAGACCGAUAAUCAAAAUGAUCGUGAGAAUGCAAAGCGAAAACGAUUAAAAUCCACCGAUUCUGAUCACCAAGCAAAUCCAUCAUCAUCAUCAUCAUCAUCGGCUCGGGCAAAGGCGAAAAAAUUAUCCAAAACGCCAAAUUCAGAGCAAAAAGAAGAUGGCGAAAUUUCCGAUGAGAACGAUGAUAGUGCGGACGAUGAAGACUAUCGAGUGCGUAGUGAUAGUCCGGUCUAUCAGCGCAAGCAAAUCGUUUAUGACAUUGAUGAUGACAGUUAUACGUCGUCUGGCUCCGGCCAAAAUUCGCCAUACAAUACAUUCUCAGAUAUUGCAAAACAGUAUCCACCAUCACUUCGAAUCAUCGUUCAAGAGACCAAUAUUAGGAAGUUGAAAAUCGGAGAACUUUUCCUAAUUACAUACAAGGGAGGUUCGUUGGGGCGUGAAGGAAAACAUGAUGUUAUCAUCCCUGACAUCAACUGUUCGAAGUAUCAUUUGAAAUUCGUGUAUGAUGAGUCUGAAAAUGGUUACACGUGCACGGAUUUGGGCUCACGUAAUGGCACAUUCAUGAAUGGCAAACGAAUGUCAAAUGCCAAACAAGAGAGCGAACCGAUGCAGCUAGUGCAUGGGGCUUUACUACAAAUUGGCCAAACGAAACUCCUAUGUCAUAUUCAUGAUGGUCAUUCAACAUGUGGCCAGUGUGAACCCGGACUGUUAACCGAUAGCACGGCAUCGGCAUCGGCAUAUAGCGAAACGGUUGAAGCCUCAACCACUGCCGCAAAAAGUAAACCAGGAAAUGUGAACGAUGAUCACAAGCGGCAAUUGAAAAAUCUAAAAAAACGCUACGGUUUGCAAGAUGAAAAAUAUGUGGCACCAAAGAUGGAUGCCAAAACGACAGACCGAGCUGAAAAACGGCGACAAGCGGUUGGCAGCUCUUGUGAACAUGAAAAAACCAAAGCUGCCUCACUUAAUGCUUCAAUAUCAAGCGAAAAUAAAGGUUUCAAAAUGCUAUCAAAACUGGGAUGGAGCGAAGGUCAAACACUGGGUAAAAAUAAUGAUGGUCUUCUGGAGCCGAUACCGCUGAAAAUGAAUGAGAAAAAUAAAGGUCUUGGUUGCGAGAGCAGCGUGAGUGUAUCGAGUUUACAAGAUCCAAAGCAAAAGCAUAAGGCAAGAAUAUGGGAGAAAACACAUCAGCGAUACCAUGCAUCAUCAGAGCGAACGGUAGACAUUUUCAAAGAUUGCAGUGAUGAAAGCGAUUAGUUUGCAUCUUAUUUAAUUUCCCGUGACUGACUGAAUCACUUAAGAUAUGCUCAACAAAUUGGACUUAGCCUGAUGUGAAUUUAUCUAAUAAAAACAAAACACCAUUUUAAGUAAGCUAAA